UCAAAAGAUGGAAUGGCUUUUACCUUUGCUUUGUUGUGAUAAAAUAUUGUUGACAAAGUAUAAUUUAAAAUUAUACAAAUUUUCGCGGGAUUUUCACUCGAAUUUUAUAGCAUUUUUUAAAAGGUUAGCUAGGUCAUCCUUGGUUAUUAGUUAUUAAUUUACUACGUGUUUAAUUACUAGCAAGUAAGUCCCAGGUGAUAUCUAAAACAUGGAGAACGAUGAUGAUAUGAUAGUUGUUAUAGUCGGCGACGAAGAUGAAUACGAAGACGUAGAAAAUACCGCGUCUAUUAUAAAAAGUGAAGUGGAUGAUGAGGAUUGUAAAUUUAGUAUAGAAAAUUUGAUAGGGGCUGCUCAAACUUUCGGUGAAGAGGUGUCACUGGAUGACAUUUUAAUAAAAGAAGAACCACAGGACUAUGAAUAUUUAGAUGAAAAUAUUAUAAAGACUGAAGUAGACUUUGAAUGUGACGAUGUUAUGGACUAUAUUCCUGAGGAGGAUGACAAUACACACAAUUUUCCAGAGGACGAUGACAAUUCACUAAAUUUCCUUGAUGAUGAUACUGAUUAUGUACCAGAAGAUGAUGAAGAAGACGUAGUUGAUGAAGUUAGUGAUAUUGAACCUAAAAAGAAAAGAAGGUAUACAAUGAUUAAACCAUGGUUGCAGAAAUCUUUUGUGAAAGAACUAAGACAACAGUAUCCCGAGUUAGUAAAUAAAAAAAAGUUAAUUAAAACUCUAUCAGGCAUAAUGAAGAUGAUCAAACCGCCUCCCCCACCUUUGGAUUAUUACAUUUUAAAUGGGAUAAUGUUAGAAUGUCUAUACUGUCAUCGGUUGUCAGAGACCAUUCCUGCGGCUGCACGUCACUAUCAAGAGAAACAUGGUCCUCGCUAUCUCAUCUGCUAUGCCUGCGGAGCUGACUUUAGGAGUACAACGAAUCUGUACAAGCAUGAGAAGCGCUGUAAUGCGGCUGACGCAGGCGUAGUGCUGCAGGCGCGCUCUCUCUGCCUCGGCCGCUCUGGUGGCAAGCGACCACAUCCGUCAGGGCUCUCGCCCUUGUCUCCACACAAAUAUUCGUGCGAUCUGUGCUCGGCGGAGUUUGUGACGCGCAGCAAUUUGCAGUCGCACGAGUACAUGCACUUCGGCCUGCGCCCCUUCCGCUGCGACUCCUGCCCCGCCCAGUACACCUCGCGCUCCGCCCUCUCGAGACACGUGAAGAAGCACAGCGGAGUGCGGUACGAGUGCGCGCAGUGCGGCCGCGCAUUCACUGCGAAGGGCGCGCUCGUGACACAUCUCCACACGCACGGCACCAGCAAGCGCUUCGUCUGCGAGCUCUGCGGGAAACAGUUCGCGCAGAAGUUCGCGCUGCAGCUGCACGCCGACAGCAGGCACCGCCGUCUGCCCCCGCCCUGCGCCUGCCAUCUCUGCCCCAAGAGGUUUCGCAGAAAGUCCGUCCUCAAGGAGCAUAUGAAGAGAGCUCACGGAAUGGAUUUAAUCACAAGAAAAAUGUUCUUCAAAACAUUACCUCAACUGACGGAGACGCAGCUGAAACAUGCCAAAGUUGUACUUAAGAGCGAGGAGGCGAUGCUCGCCGCGCGCCCGCUGACUGACGCGUGACGUCACUCUCACACGGCCGGCUGACGUCACAUGCUCGCUGCGCGCCCGC